UAUAAUUCUUAAACUCCUGUUGCAUAUACAUCCCGAAGAACGUUUUGCUUUUUUGUAACAUUUAUAAAAAUUACUCGCUAUUACUCGUUAUUCGCUCCUGGUCAUAAGAGAGGAGAUACAAUGUGCUCCCCCCAAUUAUUUCUUUUAAAACUCGUGGCCAUGCGUGCGAUACAGUUCCGUUCUGUUAGAAUAUCUAAUGCAGUUGGCGUACGUUUAAUAGCCUUCGGCACACGUAGAAAAUGCGAGGAACAUUCGCAUUCUAUCGAUGGUAUAGCAUUGUCGUGAAGAGAAAUUCUCGAAAAAAAAAAAAAGAGGGAAGACUGACAUCUAUGAGGGGACAUUUUUUCCUGAAGUGCGGUCAGUACACAUUAUUCAAAGUGCCGCUGGAAUUAAAAGAGGUACCUGCAAAUAAUGAGCUACAUCUCAUCAUUUUGUUAUACUACGGAACGUAUAAUAACGAUUGAACGGUAGUCACAGGAGUGGGGUCGUAGCACGUGGGGAUGCACUUGGAGGAUUGGACGGUGCUCUUUCAGUUUACCGUACACCAGAACAUCGUGCAUAGUUUGAGUUUUAUUUCACCGUGUACUUUCUGUGAAUCGUUAACAAAUGGUAUUCACGAGUACGGUUAGUCCGACGCUAAGAAUCGGUCUCCGAUUACUCUGCGCAUGGCCGGACAUGCGAUACAUCGUCGUUCGCCGGCUAGUUUUCAUGUCGAGCAUAAUUGUGGUGCAGUACUUUCAGUAUCUGUACCUCUUCGCGCACCUUAAGCUCGACGAGCUGCAGGAUCUCAUGGACAGCUUGCCGGCGACUAUAGAUUACAGUUUAACAGCCGUGAAGCUGAUGACUCUUUGGACAAAUCGCCGCGUGGUUCGCGAUAUACUGGCUGACAUGGACACAGAUUGGCGUGAGUGCGUGAACGUCGAUCAACAUUUGUACUUGAUGACAGCGAAAGCCAGUGUCGCGCACUUUUUGUCGAACGCUUUGUUCAGUUUCAACGCAUUCGCCGGUGCGCUUUACUACUUGGGCAAUAACGCGAUUGCAAUCAUACAACAGUCGGAGGGGGACAAUGAUACCACGCGACCGUUUCCUAUGAAGAUACUUUUUCCUUUUGAGACUGACCAAUCACCGAUCUAUGAGCUACUUGUCGUCGGCUUGUUUGUGCAUGCAAUGUUUCACGUGUUAACGGUUACUGUUGUGAACUCGCUGAUUUUUACUCUGGUACUCCAUGUGAGCGGACAAAUCAAUAUCAUAUGUCAAGACUUUAAAGCUCUCUCCGAGAACACAUUCUAUUGCGGAUCUUCUGAACAUACCAUAGGAAUAUUGAUCGAAAAGCACAAUAAAGUCAUCUCAUUUUCGCAGAAUAUCGGUAAACUUUUCUCCUUGGUAGCUUUGACGCAAAUUCUUUUGAAUACCAUAGUUAUUUGCGCCUUAGGAUUCCUCCUUAUGGCAUCUGAUAAAGAAAUUGGUAUCGGCCUGUUGAAAACCAUAUUUGCUUAUAGUGCUAUGGUGAUGGAAGUUUUUAUCUUUUGCUUUGUUGGAGAAUACCUAAGUUUCAAGAGUAAAUCACUUGCGGAUGCAGCGUACAAUUCUCUAUGGUAUAAUAUGAUUCCUAAUCAGAGUAAAAAGCUAUUAUUCGUAAUUAUGAGAUCUCAGAAACAACUGAACAUCACGGCAGGUGGAAUGACAAAUUUAUCGUUGGAGACAUUCACGAGUAUCAUGAAAGCAUCAGCAUCAUAUGUAUCCGUCUUAUAUGCAAUGUAUUGAUAUCAGUCUUAAAUCUUAGCAGGUCACAAUUAAUCCGAAAUGGCGUAAAUAGUACGUGAAAAUUAAGGAACUGUGUUGUCAAUGAAAU